AUGAAGGGAGGAUUCCGCUUUUGGCUUGGAAACUUCAGAGACGUUUUUGUCGAUGCAGAAACAAAUGAAAUAGCUUAUAAGUAUUGGAGGCAGAAGAUUUUCGAAAGAGUCAAAGAUCCAAGGAAGCGAGAACUAUUGGCUCCUGAAAAGCAGGUCAAUCCAAUUUUUACUAAGAGACCAAGUCUUGAGAAAAGUUAUUAUGAAAUUUUUAAUCAAGAUAAUGUCGAUAUUGUCAAUAUUAGAGAAGCUCCUAUUACUGAAAUUACUGAGACAGGCUUGAAAACAACUGAAAAAGAAUAUGAAUUUGAUAUCAUUAUAUAUGCUACUGGGCUUGAUGCAGUUACAGGAGAUUUCUAUCAAAUUGACUUGAAAGGAGACAAUGGUGUUACUCUUCAGGAUACCUGGAGAAAUGGCACUUACACUUAUUUGGGAAUGACGAUUCAUGGAUAUCCUAAUUUAUUCUUCCUUUAUGGACCGCAAGGACCUAGUGCCUUCUGUAAUGGACCAACAUGCGCAUUAACCCAAAGUGGGUGGAUUCGGGAUGCUAUAAAUAAUACUGAGAAGUAUAAUUAUAAACGCAUUAUGCCUACUUUGGAGGCACAAUUGGGUUGGAACAAAUACAUUAACGAUGGAGUCAACCAGAAUUUACUACCAGUAGCAGAUUAUUGGUAUAUGGGGGUUAACCGUGAAGGGAAUAAACCAAAAGAAUGCCUACUUUACGUUUUGGAGCAAAUAAUUAUUUCAAAGAUAUUACUAAAGAAGCAGAAAACAAUUAUGAAAACUUUGCAUUUGCAUAAGACUGUGAACAAAUUUUAUUUUAAGUUUUUAGUUACUUAA